AUGGUGACGAACGAAGGCGUAUUGACAAAGAACGAGCAUCUGACUGCAUUUUGCAACAUCUCAGCCCCCGUAUACAACGAUAUCGAGCUUGGCAUUGAACACGUCCGAGUUGACGGCGAGCUCUGGUGGGACGAGAACAAUAUCUUCCGCCAAGAUCCAUCGCCAGAGACAGACCAAGCCUGGGAAGAUCUGAUCGGGGGUGAAGCAAACCGGAUCCUCGUCUCCAAAGAGGACUGGGUCAAGACGGGCUUAGACCCCCAAGUGGGUGCUCAAUGGGUAGGCGAUCCAACUGGUCAGACGUACAUGGCGGAAAUAAACGUCUUCCAUUUGAUACACUGCCUCGACAUGAUCCGUAGAGGCGCCUUCAUGGACUACUAUGAAUUCGCAAGACCCAUCAACCCCUUAUACUGGUCACAUUUCUACCAUUGUCUUGACAUGCUUCGUCAAGAGCUCAUGUGCACUGCAUCUCUCGAUCUCUCGCCGUUGUGUCGUCGAUGGGAUGACAUCCUUCGCUACAGAAACGAGCGGCAGAUGAGUAAGGAGCAGCUCGACAUGAUGUUGAACCACUCGAGACCUGCACACUCGAACGAAAUCAAGAUUCCCGCGCAUGCUAUUAAGCUGCUUGAAUCGAUUGGGCGAUGGAAGGAGAUGGAUCGCUCCAAGGAUUUCUCAUUCGUUGAUGGGGGGGACUACGGUCGGAAUGAUAUGGACGGCCUGCCCCAUGUGAAGCCUAAUCCACUGAGAUCGAGAUAUGGCCCAUGA